UGGCGCGCCCCCAAACACUGACAGUUCCACUAGCAUCUUGGAUUUUGAUUGGUGCAUGGUGUUACCUUUGGGCCAAUCACUGAGCAUUUCUUUGUAUAGUCCGGCACAUUGCUUGCACUGGACCAACAUUGGGCUCAAGGUUAUCUCUGUCCUGGAAGGAGGACACACUGUGACAUUAUGGGUGUGUUAUCCACGCUGUUCAGGGGUCUGGUGAGAGGAGCGGAUAGGAUGUCUGAGUUCACCAGCAAGCGCGGAUCAAGGACUCAUAAUAAAGGCAGGGGCGCAAGGCCCACUGGACUGAGACUUUCCAGUGGAAAAUUUAUAUCCAUACGGGCCAUGAUUCCUGAGAUUGUGGUGCCUAACUUGGAGGGAUUCAAACUUAAACCCUACGUAUCGUAUCGCUGUCCUCGAGGAACAGAGCCUCCACUCACAGCAGAAAGUGUUUUCGCUGAAAUUGUGGCCCCUCAGAUCAAAAAAGACUUUGAAGAGGGCACUUUCAACCAAGAACAGCUGGAAAAAUAUGGAUUUGAUCCCAAGCAGGAAGGGAAGCUCUUCAAACUGUAUCCCAAGAACUAUGUGCGUUAAGGAAGAACUCAGUAUAUUAUAUUUACAAAGAAACACAGACCCCAGAUGAGCCUGAAAGCUGCGGACUAACUGGCAUGACACCUUCAGGAAAACCUCAUAAAUUGGACUGUAUGUUAUGUUAAUCGAAAAUCUGUUUUCUCCAAUGGCUUAACUUUUCUGUUAUUCAAUCUGUCAACAAAAUAAAACUCACAGGGCUAUGAUCCAUA